AUGGAUGUUAAAAAUUCCUUCUUGCAUGGAGAACCUGAAGAGGAGGUCUACAUGGAUCUACCUCCAGGUCACCUUCUUAAAUCUCAACCUGAUGAUAUAGUUAUUUCCGGGAAUAAUAUAAUCGAGAUAGAUAAAUUGAAGAAACAUCUCAAUAUGACAUUCGACAUUAAAGACUUGGAGCGUUUAAAGUAUUUCCUCGGUAUUGAAAUUACUGAAUCUAAUAAAGUUUUAUUCAUCUCACAAAGGAAAUAUGUUUUGGAUCUCUCGAAGGAAACCGAUAAGUUGGCAUCCAAACCAGUUGAUACUUCUAUGGAAUAUAAGGGUAAGUUUGAAAAUGACUCCACUCAUCUAUCUAACCCAAGACAAUUUCAGAGACUUAUUGUCAAGUUAAUCUAUCUCACCAUAACCAGAUCAAAUAUCUCUUAUUCGGUGAGCUACGUUAGUCAAUUCCUGCACAAACCAACACAAGGUCACAUGAAUCUAGCAUAUCGGCUACUUAAUUACUUGAAGUCAUGUCUAGGAAAAGGCAUAUGGUUAAAAAAGAACAACCACACUGAUAUUAUUGGGUAUGUUGAUGCUAAUUGGGCUGGUAGCCCUUAUGAUAGACGAUCUACCUCAGGUUUCUGCACCUUUGUGGGAGGCAACCUUGUUACUUAG